AUGGACGUGGACGUAGACGUGGACGUGGACGUGGACGUAGAAUUGGACGUGGACGUGGACGUGGACGUGGACGUGGACGUGGACGUGGACGUGGACGUAGACGUGGACGUGGACGUAGACAUGGACGUGGACAUGGAUGUGGACGUGGACGUGGACGUGGACGUGGACGUGGACGUAGAAAUGGACGUGGACGUACAAAUGGACGUGCACGUGCACGUGGACCUGGACGUGCACGUGGACGUGGUUGUGGACGUGGACGUGGACGUGGACAUGGACGUGGACUUGGACGUGGACAUGGACAUGGACGUGGACGUGGACAUGGACGUAGACGUGGACGUGGACGUGGACAUAGACGUGGACGUGGACGUGGACGUGGACAUGGACGUGGACGUGGACGUGGACGUGGACAUGGACGUGGACAUGGACGUGGACGUGGACAUGGACGUGGACAAGGACAUGGACGUGGACGUGGACAUGGACGUGGACGUGGACAUGGACGUGGACAUGGACGUGGACAUGGACGUGGACAUGGACGUGGACGUGGACGUGGACGUAGACAUGGACGUGGACGUGGACGUAGACGUGGACGUAGAAAUGGACGUGGACGUGGACGUGGACGUGGACGUGGACGUGGACAUGGACGUGGACGUGGACGUGGACAUGGACGUGGACGUGGACGUGGACGUGGACAUGGACGUGGACAUGGACGUGGACGUGGAUUUGGACGUGGACGUGGACGUAGAAAUGAACGUGGACGUGGACGUGGACGUGCACAUGGAAAUGGAUGUAGACAUGGACGUGGACGUGGACGUGAACGUGGACAUGGACGUGGACGUGGACAUGGACGUGGAUGUGGACAUGAACGUGGACGUGGUCGUGGUCGUGGACGUGGACGUGGACGUGGACGUGGACGUGGACGUGGACGUGGACAUGGACGUGGACGUGGACGUGGACGUGCACAUGGACAUGGACGUGGACGUGGACAUGGACAUGGAUGUGGACAUGGACAUGGACGUGGACGUAGACGUGGACGUGGACGUAGAAUUGGACGUGGACGUGGACGUGGACGUGGACGUGGACGUGGACGUGGACGUAGACGUGGACGUGGACGUAGACAUGGACGUGGACAUGGAUGUGGACGUGGACGUGGACGUGGACGUGGACGUGGACGUGGACGUAGAAAUGGACGUGGACGUACAAAUGGACGUGCACGUGCACGUGGACCUGGACGUGCACGUGGACGUGGUUGUGGACGUGGACGUGGACGUGGACAUGGACGUGGACUUGGACGUGGACAUGGACAUGGACGUGGACGUGGACAUGGACGUAGACGUGGACGUGGACGUGGACAUAGACGUGGACGUGGACGUGGACGUAGACAUGGACGUGGACGUGGACGUGGACGUGGACAUGGACGUGGACAUGGACGUGGACGUGGACAUGGACGUGGACGUGGACAUGGACGUGGACGUGCACAUGGACAUGGACGUGGACGUGGACAUGGACAUGGAUGUGGACAUGGACAUGGACGUGGACGUAGACGUGGACGUGGACGUAGAAUUGGACGUGGACGUGGACGUGGACGUGGACGUGGACGUGGACGUGGACGUAGACGUGGACGUGGACGUAGACAUGGACGUGGACAUGGAUGUGGACGUGGACGUGGACGUGGACGUGGACGUAGAAAUGGACGUGGACGUACAAAUGGACGUGCACGUGCACGUGGACCUGGACGUGCACGUGGACGUGGUUGUGGACGUGGACGUGGACGUGGACAUGGACGUGGACUUGGACGUGGACAUGGACAUGGACGUGGACGUGGACAUGGACGUAGACGUGGACGUGGACGUGGACAUAGACGUGGACGUGGACGUGGACGUGGACAUGGACGUGGACGUGGACGUGGACGUGGACAUGGACGUGGACAUGGACGUGGACGUGGACAUGGACGACAUGGACGUGGACGUGGACGUGGACGUGGACAUGGACGUGGACGUGGACGUGGACGUGGACGUAGAAAUGGACGUGGACGUGGACGUGGACGUGGACGUGGACGUGGACGUGGACCUGGACGUGGACGUGGACGUGGACAUGGACGUGGACGUGGACGUGGACGUAGACAUGGACGUGGACAUGGACGUGGACGUGGAUUUGGACGUGGACGUGGACGUAGAAAUGAACGUGGACGUGGACGUGGACGUGCACAUGGAAAUGGACGUAGACAUGGACGUGGACGUGGACGUGAACGUGGACGUGGACGUGGACGUGGACAUGGACGUGGACGUGGACAUGAACGUGGACGUGGUCGUGGUCGUGGACGUGGACGUGGACGUGGGCGUGGUCAUGGACGUGGACGUGGACAUGGACGUGGUCGUGGUCGUGGACAUGGACGUGGACGUGGAGGACGUGGACGUGGAGGACGUGGACGUGGACGUGGAGGACGUGGACGAGGACGUGGAGGACGUGGACGUGGACGUGGACGUGGACGUGGAAGUGGACGUGGAGGUGGACGUGGACCUGGACGUGGACCUGGACGUGGACCUGGACGAGGACGUAGACAUGGACGUGGACUUGGACGUGGACGUGGACGUGGACGUGGACAUGGACGUGGACGUGGACGUGGACGUGCACAUGGACGUGGACGUGGACGUGGACAUGGACAUGGAUGUGGACAUGGACAUGGACGUGGACGUAGACGUGGACGUGGACGUGGACGUAGAAUUGGACGUGGACGUGGACGUGGACGUGGACGUGGACGUGGACGUGGACGUGGACGUAGACGUGGACGUGGACGUAGACAUGGACGUGGACAUGGAUGUGGACGUGGACGUGGACGUGGACGUGGACGUAGAAAUGGACGUGGACGUACAAAUGGACGUGCACGUGCACGUGGACCUGGACGUGCACGUGGACGUGGUUGUGGACGUGGACGUGGACGUGGACAUGGACGUGGACUUGGACGUGGACAUGGACAUGGACGUGGACGUGGACAUGGACGUAGACGUGGACGUGGACGUGGACAUAGACGUGGACGUGGACGUGGACGUGGACAUGGACGUGGACGUGGACGUGGACAUGGACGUGAACAUGGACGUGGACGUGGACAUGGACGUGGACAAGGACAUGGACGUGGACGUGGACAUGGACGUGGACGUGGACAUGGACGUGGACAUGGACGUGGACAUGGACGUGGACAUGGACGUGGACGUGGACGUGGACGUAGACAUGGACGUGGACGUGGACGUAGACGUGGACGUAGAAAUGGACGUGGACGUGGACGUGGACGUGGACGUGGACGUGGACAUGGACGUGGACGUGGACGUGGACAUGGACGUGGACGUGGACGUGGACGUGGACAUGGACGUGGACAUGGACGUGGACGUGGAUUUGGACGUGGACGUGGACGUAGAAAUGAACGUGGACGUGGACGUGGACGUGCACAUGGAAAUGGAUGUAGACAUGGACGUGGACGUGGACGUGAACGUGGACGUGGACGUGGACGUGGACAUGGACGUGGACGUGGACAUGAACGUGGACGUGGUCGUGGUCGUGGACGUGGACGUGGACGUGGGCGUGGUCAUGGACGUGGACGUGGACAUGGACGUGGUCGUGGUCGUGGACAUGGACGUGGACGUGGAGGACGUGGACGUGGAGGACGUGGACGUGGACGUGGAGGACGUGGACGAGGACGUGGAGGACGUGGACGUGGACGUGGACGUGGACGUGGAAGUGGACGUGGAGGUGGACGUGGACCUGGACGUGGACCUGGACGUGGACCUGGACGUGGACCUGGACGAGGACGUAGACAUGGACGUGGACAUGGACGUGGACGUGGACGUGGACAUGGACGUGGACGUGGACGUGGACGUGCACAUGGACAUGGACGUGGACGUGGACAUGGACAUGGAUGUGGACAUGGACAUGGACGUGGACGUAGACGUGGACGUGGACGUGGACGUAGAAUUGGACGUGGACGUGGACGUGGACGUGGACGUAGACGUGGACGUGGACGUAGACAUGGACGUGGACAUGGAUGUGGACGUGGACGUGGACGUGGACGUGGACGUGGACGUGGACGUAGAAAUGGACGUGGACGUACAAAUGGACGUGCACGUGCACGUGGACCUGGACGUGCACGUGGACGUGGUUGUGGACGUGGACGUGGACGUGAACGUGGUCGUGGUCGUGGACGUGGUCAUGGUCUUGGACGUGGACGUGGACGUGGACGUGGUCAUGGAUGUGGACGUGGACAUGGACGUGGUCGUGGUCGUGGACAUGGACGUGGACGUGGUCGUGGACGUGGACGUGGACGACGUGGACGUGGAGGACGUGGACGAGGACGUGGAGGACGUGGACGAGGACAUGGAGGACGUGGACGAGGACGUGGAGGACGUGGACGUGGACGUGGACGUGGUCGUGGACGUGGACGUGGACGUUGACGUGGACGUGGACGUGGACGUGGACCUGGACGUGGACCUGGACGUGGACGUGGACGUGGAAGUGGACGUGGACGUGGACCUGGACGUGGACCUGGACGUGGACAUGGACGAGGACAUGGACGUGGACAUGGACGUGGACGUGGACGUGGACGUGGACGUGGACGUAGACAUGGACGUGGACGUGGACGUGGACGUACACAUGGACAUGGACGUGGACGUGGACGUGGACAUGGACGUGGACAUGGACAUAGACGUGGACGUGGACGUGGACGUGGACGUAGAAAUGGACGUGGACGUGGACGUGGACGUGGACGUGGACAUGGACGUGGACGUGGACGUGGACGUGGACGUGGACGUGGACGUCGAAGUGGACAUGGACGUGGACCUGGACCUGGACGUGGACCUGGAUGUAGACAUGGACGUGGACGUGGACGUGGACGUGGACGUGGACAUGGACGUGGACGUGGAAGUGGACGUGGACGUGGACGUAGAAAUGGACGUGGACGUGGACGUGGAAGUGGACGUGGACGUGGACAUAGAAAUGGACGUGGACGUGGACGUGGACGUGGACGUGGACGUGGAAAUGGACGUGGACGUGGACGUCGAAAUGGACGUGGACGUAGAAAUGGACGUGGACGUCGACGUGGACAUGGACGUGGACGUGGACAUGGACAUGGACGUGGACAUGGACGUGGACGUGGACGUGGACAUGGACGUGGACGUGGACGUGGACGUGGACGUAGACAUGGACGUGGACGUGGACGUGGACGUGGACGUGGACAUGGACGUGGACGUGGACGUGGACGUCGAAGUGGACGUGGACGUGGACCUGGACCUGGACGUGGACCUGGACGUAGACAUGGACGUGGACGUGGACGUGGACGUGGACGUGGACAUGGACGUGGACGUGGAAGUGGACGUGGACGUGGACGUAGAAAUGGACGUGGACGUGGACGUGGACGUGGACGUAGACAUGGACGUGGACGUGGAAGUGGACGUGGACGUGGACGUAGAAAUGGACGUGGACGUGGACGUGGACGUGGACGUGGAUGUGGACGUGGACGUGGACGUUGAAAUGGACGUGGACGUGGAAAUGGACGUGGACGUGGACGUGGACGUCGAAAUGGACGUGGACGUGGACGUGGACGUGGACGUGGACGUGGACGUGGACGUAGAAAUGGAUGUGGACGUAGAAAUGGACGUGGACAGAGACGUGGAAGUGGACGUGGACGUGGACGUAGAAAUGGACGUGGACGUGGACGUGGACGUGGACGUGGACGUGGAAAUGGACGUGGACGUGGACGUGGACGUCGAAAUGGACGUGGACGUGGACGUGGACGUGGACGUGGACGUGGACGUAGAACUGGACGUGGACGUAGAAAUGGACGUGGACGUAGAAAUGGACGUGGACGUGGACGUGGUUGUGGACGUGGACGUGGACGUGGAGGUGGAAGUGGACGUGGACGUGGACGUGGAAGUGGACGUGGACGUGGACGUGGAGGUAGACGUGGACGUGGACGUGGAGGUGGACGUAAACAUGGACGUGGACGUGGACGUGGACCUGGACGUGGACGUGGACGUGGACGUGGACGUCGAAAUGGACGUGGACGUGGACGUGGACGUGGACGUGGACGUGGACGUGGACGUGGACAUAGAAAUGGACGUGGACGUGGACAUGGACGUGGACGUGGACGUGGACAUAAACAUGGACGUGGACAUGGACAUGGACAUGGACGUGGACGUGGACAUGGACGUGGACGUGGACGUGGACGUAGAAAUGGACGUGGACGUGGACGUGGACGUGGACGUGGACGUGGACAUGGACGUGGACGUGGACGUGGACGUGGACGUGGACGUCGAAGUGGACGUGGACGUGGACCUGGACCUGGACGUGGACCUGGACGUAGGCAUGGACGUGGACGUGGACGUGGACGUGGACGUGGACGUGGACGUGGACGUGGACAUGGACGUGGACGUGGAAGUGGACGUGGACGUGGACGUAGAAAUGGACGUGGACGUGGACGUGGACGUGGACGUGGACGUGGAAGUGGACGUGGACGUGGACGUAGAAAUGGACGUAGACGUGGACGUAGACGUGGACGUGGACGUGGACGUGGACGUGGACGUGGAAAUGGACGUGGACGUGGACGUGGACGUAGAAAUGGACGUGGACGUGGACGUGGACGUGGACGUGGACGUGGACGUGGACGUCGAAGUGGACGUGGACGUGGACCUGGACCUGGACGUGGACCUGGACGUAGACAUGGACGUGGACGUGGACGUGGACAUGGACGUGGACGUGGACGUGGACAUGGACGUGGACGUGGACAUGGACGUGGACGUAGAAAUGGACGUGGACAUGGACGUGGACGUGGACGUGGACAUGGACCUGGACGUGGACGUGGACGUGGACGUGGACGUCGAAAUGGACGUGGACGUGGACGUGGACGUGGACGUGGACGUAGAAAUGGACGUGGACGUGGACGUGGACAUGGACGUGGACGUGGACGUGGACAUGGACAUGGACGUGGACAUGGACAUGGACGUGGACGUGGACGUGGACAUGGACGUGGACGUGGACGUGGACGUGGACGUAGAAAUGGACGUGGACGUGGACGUGGACGUGGACGUGGACAUGGACGUGGACGUGGAAGUGGACGUGGACGUGGACAUGGACGUGGACGUGGACGUGGACCUGGACGUGGACCUGGACGUAGACAUGGACAUGGACGUGGACGCGGACGCGGACGUGGCCGCGGACGCGGACGUGGACGUGGACGCGGACGUGGACGCGGACGUGGACGCGGACGUGGACGCGGACGCGGACGUGGACGUGGACGCGGACGUGGACGUGGACGUGGACGGGGACGUGGACGGGGACGUGGACGUGGACGUGGACGUGGACGUGGACGUUGACGUGGACGUGGACGUGGACGUAGACGUGGACGUGGACGUGGACGUGGACGUGGAAAUGGACGUGGACGUGGACGUGGAAAUGGACGUGGACGUGGACGUGGACGUGGACGUGGACGUGGACGUGGAGGUGGACGUGGACGUGGAGGUGGACGUGGACGGGGACGUGGAGGACGACGUGGACGUGGAGGACGUGGACGUGGACGUGGACGUGGAGGACGUGGACGUGGACGUGGACGUGGACAUGGACGUGGACGUGGACGUGGACGUGGACGUGGACGAGGACGAGGACGUGGACGUGGACGUGAACGUGGACGUGGACGUGGUCGUGAACGUGGACGUGGUCGUGGACGUGGUCGUGGACGUGGACGUGGACGUGGACCUGGACCUGGACGUUGACGUGGACGAGGACGUGGACGUGGACGUGGAGGACAUGGACGUGGACGUGGACGUGGACGUGGACGUAGAAGUGGACGUGGACGUGGACGUGGACGUGGACGUGGACCUGGACGUGGACGUGGACGUGGACGUGGACGAGGACGAGGACGUGGACGUGGACGUGGACGUGGACGUGGACGUGGACGUGAACGUGGACGUGGACGUGGUCGUGGACGUGGUCGUGGAUGUGGACGUGGACGUGGACCUGGACCUGGACGUUGACGUGGACGAGGACGUGGACAAGGACGUGGAGGACAUGGACGUGGACGUGGACGUGGACGUGGACGUAGAAAUGGACGUGGACGUGGACGUGGACGUGGACGUGGACCUGGACCUGGACCUGGACGUUGACGUGCACGUGGACGUGGACAUGGACAUGGACCUGGACGUGGACGUGCACGUGGAGGUGGACGUGGAGGUGGACGUGGACGUGGACCUGGACAUGGACGUGCACGUGGAGGUGGACGUGGACGUGGACCUGGACAUGGACCUGGACGUGGACGUGGAGGACAUGGACGUGGACGUGGACGUGGACGUUGACGUGGACGUGGACGUGGACGUGGACGUGGACGUGGACCUGGACGUGGACGUGGACGUGGACGUGGACGUGGACGACGACGAGGACGUGGACGUGGACGUGGACGUGGACGUGGACGUGGACAUGGACGUGGACGUGGAAGUGGACGUGGACGUGGACGUAGAAAUGGACGUGGACGUGGACGUGGACGUGGACAUGGACGUGGUCCAGGAGCUUGCCUGGUCCAGGAGCGUGCCUGGUCCAGGAGCGUGCCUGGUCCAGGUGCUUGCCUGGUCCACGAGCUAG